AUGCGUCAACUGGAAGAGAUGGAAGAAGGCAUGAAAAUCGAUGCUUUAAAGCAGAAAGCUGGUGCGGUCGAUGAAAAGAAAUUAAGCAAGCGAGCACGAAAGGCGGAAAUGGUCGUUGUACCGAUUGAUAUGGAAUUAAUACGGAAAGAUCGUGAUCAAUUGUAUAUGCAGAUUUACACUUAUUUAGUGCAUACUUUGGAUGAAUGGGAAGAAGCGAUGGAUGCUCGACCGGAGGAAGAAAAGCGAUCCGGUCAGGGUAAAAGAGCGGCCGUCAUGCAGAAACAAACGGCAGAAUAUAUCAAACCACUUCUUCGACAAUUGAAAAAGAGGACACUGGAACCCGAUAUUCUUGCACGAGUGAUGGAGAUUACACAUCAUAUGCAGCACCGUCGGUAUCGUGAUGCUCAAGAUUCCUAUCUUCGGCUAUCGAUUGGUAAUGCACCUUGGCCUAUUGGUGUAACCAUGGUUGGUAUUCACGAACGUUCCGCGCGUGAAAAGAUUUUCUCCAAUCAGGUGGCCCACGUACUGAACGAUGAGACGACCCGUAAAUGGAUUCAGUCCGUCAAACGUCUGAUGACCUUUGCGCAGAGCAAAUACCCUCCUUAUACUCUUAGCCAAAUUUCAUAG